AUGAAAUUAUUAGAAAACUCAAAACUAGAAGCAAUCAGUUCAGCUUUAUCUGUUGAUACACCUGUUUGUGAAAUCACGACUAGACUUGAAAGUUAUUCAUGUAAAAUGGCCGGUGAUCAUAAAAAACUUUAUAAACAAUUAACAAAUGAACCAGGAACAACACCUCACGAUUUACAAAUUUUGGGUCCAUCACAAACGAUGCUAUUAAGUACAUCGCCUGCCUAUGUUUAUUCAAUUUCGUCAAGUGGUGAUGAAGAUUCACCUUUAAAUAAAACAAUUCCAAGAAAAACCUUGAUUUAUUUAAUUUCUACAUUAAAUGCUUCCUUUGAACCGGAUUAUGACUUCAGCUCUUGUACAAGUCAUGAAUUUAGUCGAGAAACAAACAUUGAUUUGGUUAAAAAUGCUGUUGAUUCUCGUUUAUUAUCUGGUAUGGGUGAUCGUUAUAGUCCUUUAUCGUCGCAUUUAUGGUCUGUUAUUGAUGAAGAAAUAAAUAUUAAAGAAUGCGAAAUGUAUAGUUAUUGUCCAGAUGGUGCAUCGGAUCCAUUCUCGGAAUAUGGAAUUGUUUGGUCAUUUAAUUUUUUCUUCUAUAAUCGAAAGUUGAGACGCAUAUUAUUUUUAACAUGUAGAGCUGAAAGUAAAAACGCGAAUGAACAACGAGAUGGAGAUGGAAAUAUGGAUUAUAAUUAUUUGGCAUUUGAAGGUGUCAUGGAUUAA